UGGCGGCUCCCCGGACGCAGGCGCAGGCACAGGCACAAGCGCAAGCGCUCCUUCGCUGGUUAGGGGGGAGAAAUCACAAAUCUUACUUGAAAAUGGCUUUUAACAAUCUGACACUGAAGGCAGCAUCACUUUAUGACGAAUGGAUUAAAAAAGCUGAUCCUCGAGUUGAUGGCUACCCACUCAUGUCAUCGCCUUUGCCACAGACAAUAAUUAUUGCAGCGUAUAUCUAUUUUGUCACUAACCUGGGACCAAAGUUCAUGGAGAACAGAAAACCUUUUGAUUUGAGGCAAAUAAUGCUAUUUUACAACUUUGGUGUAGUGGCCCUUUCAAUUUAUAUGACUUAUGAAUUCCUCAUGUCAGGCUGGGCUACAGGCUAUUCCUUUCGCUGUGACCUAGUUGAUUACUCCUGGUCACCCAUGGCUUUAAGGAUGGUCCGUGUUUGCUGGAUGUAUUAUUUUUCCAAAUUUAUUGAACUGCUAGACACUGUCUUCUUUAUCCUCCGAAAAAAGAAUGAACAAGUGACAUUCCUCCAUGUCUUUCAUCACACAAUUAUGCCUUGGACCUGGUGGUUCGGAGUCAAAUUUGCUCCAGGUGGCUUAGGAACAUUCCAUGGUAUGGUGAACUGCAUCGUCCAUGUGAUCAUGUAUAUGUAUUAUGGACUCUGUACAUUGGGACCAGCCUAUCAUAAGUACUUGUGGUGGAAAAAGUAUAUGACAACUAUACAACUGGUCCAGUUCAUUAUAGUGACUGUCCAUAUAGGGCAAAUUUACACCAUGGAUAAUUGCCCAUAUCAGUAUCCAGUCUUCAUGUUUAUCAUCUGGCUGUAUGGCGUUUUGUUUUUAAUCCUGUUUCUACAUUUUUGGUAUGUUGCUUACACUAAAGGCCAAAGACUCCCAAAGCAUAUGAAAAAUGGCAUUGACAAGAACAAGUCUGAAUGAAGCCCUCUGCCACAAACACAUUUUUGGACCUGCACUACUUGACAAUCAAUAUGCAUAAGUGCACAGCAGACUGGAUGUUUUGUAUAUGGUUCUCAUAAACCCCCCAACCUCAUCAACUGUGUAUUUUUAUUAUAAAUUAUUUGGUAUUUAAUCUCGAUAUGAGAGGAGGAAAGUAAAACUACUGAUUAAGAGACACUGACCCACAGUUUUUAAGCAACAGUGUACAUAUCUUUGAUGUUUUUUCUUUUUAUCGAAGAAAUGAAUACUUGGCGGCACUCUUAGGAUCCCAUCCAAUAUGGCUGCCUGCAAUCCUUCAAAUCCGGAGGCUUAAAGGCAUCCCGUGGAGGGCAAAGUAGCAUGGAAGUGAGGAUUGCCUCUGUUUCUCUCACCCAUGCUUCCCUUCCAAGGAGGAGGGGCUGAAGCAAUGAUAGGACUCCUUACAUCCUGGCAGAGCUUUGUUCCUUCCCUGGCUUGGAGUGUUUCUCCAGAUCAGGGCUGUGGCUCCAGAUUUUCUAGUGGCUUUCUAAGAUGUGUCUAGCAGCCAUAGGAUUGCACCCAAAGAGAUGUACACAAAUAUGUAUAUGGAAAUGAAGUGUGUCUAAUAAGUAUACAAAAGUACAUUUGAUCACUGACAGACAUACUUGUUUCGACUGAUGUCAAAAGUUAUUUGGUCAGUAAGCUGCUUUUAAUAGUGAAGGGUGAACUUACCUGGAUGAAUUUGUUGUUUCUUUGGAAUAUAGUGAACUUACUCCUCUGUCAGUGCUCUAAGAAUUCUUCUUUAAAACUCUUGUUCCAUGGAAAUAAGCUUUUGUGAAUGUCAGAAUGCUUCUUGGGAGAUGGAGCUUGGAGAUGUAUCAUGAUGACUUGUGCUACCACAGUACCUACUGCCUUCCACGGCCUUCCAAAAAGUCACUCCACCCACUGACAGCACGUUUACUCACUGAACAAAAUAAAGUAUGGUAAAAACAAUGAUGACCCAGAUCUGAUCCAACGAGAAUAAGAGAUCACCGUGUACCAUGAGCAAGAAAGCAGUUAAUCCAACAACUCAGCACAUGCACAGAAAUAGCAUUAUUUAGAUAUAGACUGCACAUGCUCAGAAACUCAAUCAAUUCUGAACUAAACACUGAAUUCAAAACAUUGAAUAGGCAGCACUCAACCCAUGACCUGGCAGCACUUCUUUUAACUGAAAUGUAAUACAAUUUCAUAAGUGAUAAAUGAAUAAACAGUUUUGUUAAUACA